UAAACCCACAAAACUUACACUUAAUUACAAAAAAAAAAAAGAGCGAAUGGAACUUCAUGGAGUUUCUUCUGGUGACCUUGAUGUUAAGUCUCCCGCUGAAAAGUUCUUUAGAUCUGUCACCGACGACAUAAACGGCCCCUUUGACAACAUAGAGGAUAAGAUGGAGACGAUGAAUUUGGAGGAUAGAACAUUGACGAUGAGAAUGAGUGGCUGUCUUAUCUCGGAAAGUUACAAGGCGGUCAAAGCAAGCAUCACGGUCAGUCCUAAGGAAGAUGGGGAAGGUAGCUGCGUGGCGUGGAAGGUUGAGUUCGAGAAGAUUCGUCAUGACAUCGAAGAUCCACACUUGAUUAUCGACACUCUUAUCGACGUUCUUGUCAAUUACCUAAAGGAGACCGAUGGGAAUCUUCUUCUAUAAGCGUUUCUAAAUCACAAGGUUCGACUUUAUGGAAUGAUGAAUAAUCUAAUUAACAAACUUAAAAAUUGAAUUUAAAUGGAACAUAUAUGUGUGUGUGUCUACGAUCAUUGCAGUAUCUUUUAUUACGUUUGGUACUUUAAAUUAAGGUGUAUGAGCUCGUAUGACUUUCCAGUUUAAUAAACUUCGAGUUUCAUAUUA